AUGGAGGGUUACCUUGAGGCUCUUAAUCCUCUUGCUUGGGAGGUUACCGACAAAGCUAUGGAUGUUAUGGAUGAGGACCAAACAAAAUGUAAUGCUAGAGCCAAAAAUGCUAUGUUUGAUGCUAUUAGCCAAGAUAUCUUUGCACGCGUGCAUAGCAAGAAAACCGCUCAUGAAGUGUGGAAAGAGCUUGAGACCAUUCAUGUUGGGUCUAAGAAGCUCCGUGAGGAGAAGUACCAAGUGCUUAAGGAAAAACUCAAUAAAUUCAAGAUGCAUCCUAGUGAACUAGUUGAACAAAUGUAUGCUAGGUUGAAUGUUCUUAUUGAAGACAUUAAUGCACUUGAAAUUUCUCCUUUGUCUUCUAGUGACAUCAUCCGGAAGAUUCUUCACCCAUUGCACAAGCCCAAGUACAACAUUGUGACAUCCUUGCUAUAUGAGAAAGAUCUUUCAACAUUGCUAGUGAGUGAAGUGGUUGGGAAAAUUCGGUCACAUGAGAUGUUUCUCUUGGGUGAAAUUGAUCCUCCUCAAGCCAAAGGUGGUCUUGCCCUUAAAGCUAAAGGCGAGAACAAAUCAAGCAAGAAAAGCAAGGGCAAGGCACCUAUGUCAAGUUCAAGUGAAGCAAACGAUGACUCAAGUGAUGAGGAUGAUGAUGAAGACACCAAGUUUGCUCUCCUCAUGAAGAAGGCCAUAAAGCUCAUGUCAAGGUUGAACAAGAAGGGGUACAACAUCGACCCCAAGAAAAACAAGUUCUGUACAAGGAAGCCCAAAGAUAAUCUCAAGAAGAUAUGCUAUGAUAAUCAACCAAGGCACAAGAAAGAUCAUGAUCACAAGAAAGACUAUGACAAGAAAGAGUACAAGAAGAGGUCUUUCAAGAAGAAAGAGAAGAUCAAUGACUCCAAGAACGUCAUUGUGGGGAUCGCCAUCCAUGAUGAUGAACCACCGCUACCUCCACCACCCAUGUGCCUCAUGGCUAGAGGUAACUCCAAGGUGAAUUCCGAUGACUCAUGCUCUAGUGAUGAUGAUAGUGAUAAUGAGUUAUCUCCUAGUGAUCUUAAGGCUCUUCUAGAUGAAUAUAAUGACAUGAUCAAGAAGCUUAAGUCCAAACUCAAUUCUUCCAAGACUAACCAUGAUAGGGAAAGAGAACUUGAGGAGGAGCUGCAAAGCUUGACCAAGUGCAUGUUCAAUGUGAUAAGAGGAGAAUACUUGCACAAGGAGAUUCUCUUCAACAAUGCAAGGCACUUUGGAACCAAGGGUCUUGGAUCCUUCCCCAAGCGAGGGGCACAAAUAUGGCUCGGUUGGCUACAGGAAUUGGGCGCGCGGGAAUAUUGGGCACUGGUUUGGGCUACUGUUGGAGCUGUGUUUUAA